CGUAAACAAGGAAAAGUAAACCGUUCGGGACGCUGCGGGAAGACUUAUGAGGCGUUAUACCGACCUGCUGGCCGGCCCUUGCUGAUGGUGUUUCCCGGGUGUCUAAUUCAGCAAAUGCAAGCACAGUUGUUUUCAGGUAGCACAGCCACCCUGUAGAGUCACAUAGAAUGGAUUUGGAGGGGGACGUGUCGACGCCCAGGGCGGAAACCAGGGCCGCGGCUGUACGAGAAAUGAACAACAACAAUACGACUACCACGGCAAGCAAGUCUGGCGAUGACACACCCGCACGAGACAACCGCUCAUACGAGUGCGAUGUUUGCUUCAUGCGUUUCACGCAGUUCGCCAACAUGCGACGGCACAAGCUCAGCCACUCGGGCAUCCGCCCUUUUGAAUGCCGCCUAUGCCUCCGGCGUUUCUUCCGCAAGGACCAUCUUGUAGAACACACGGUCCGUAAGCACUCGAAGCAGAGGCCACUGCGCUGCCCCUUCUGUGCAAAGACAUUUCCUUCUGUGCCCAUGCUCAAAUGUCACCUCUCCAACGCUCACUCAUCGGGCUACACUCCACGCAGCAACAUUUGCAACAUAUGCGGCUUCGUUGCCACCUCGGCAGGCGGAGCGAAAAUUCAUUACAUGACUUACCACGUUCGUAGAGCCUUGCGUUCGUCGUCCCCAACAGAGAAUUCAUCAGGCCUAGCUUCCUUGCUCUCUUCACCAUACCAGGGGGCACACGGUGAGGUCUGCACCUUAGGGCCAUCUACUAUGGGGACAAUGGACGUGUACCGCGAGUCCUCCGAAGACGGUGUGGGUGCCAUAGAGGUUCACCACAUCGAAGGGGACUACUCAGAAAUAUCUCCUCGAAUCACGAGCGUAACGUCUCAGCGUGACUCUGCCGACAAGGCUGGUGAAGAGGAGGACGACGAUAUGAUCGUGGUCAAAUCGGAAAUGCACGAAAGCAUCACCGACACGCUUACAGCCGACACUGGCGACAGCAACAACAAUACAAACGUCAGCAACAACAACGCCUCGGCUGGCACUGGCACGAGGGGGGCUGGGGCCGAUGAGAGCAGGGAUUCGCCUCAUGACAACCAGUCCACAGCCGAAGACCAUGGCUUCAUUACUUCCGACACUGGGAACUGGACCAUGCCUUCAUCAUCGUCGUCACAGGAGCAUUGCUCCUUGGGGACCAGUAAUCAGUGGAGCGCGACAGCUGUGCAUGGGAACCACGACCUCGGCAUAGUCAUCUCGCCUCCGCCAACAGCGGCGUUCGGCUCUACUUCCACCGCGGACAAAGCUGACGAGAAGCAGAUGCGUAGCACACCCGAAACUUCCACUGCUGACGGCGACAGUGGCGUUGACAUGCGCUACCCAAGCCCCCUGGCGUGCCAGUAUUGCGAUGUUGUCUUCUACGACCGCACCCUAUACCUUCUGCACCGUGGUGCUCACUCCUUCCGCAAGCCGUGGAGGUGCAACCUCUGUGGUCACCAGUGCAAGCAUAGGUACGACUUUGCCAGCCACCUGAUUGCUCACCCGCACAUCUGACAACGCUUGCCGGUUGAUCACUGUGGAGCACCGCCACCUCAAGGAUGAGAAGUGGUUGUGACACAUUGCAUUUGUUUACCCUUGUUGCAUUAUGUGUGGUUUGAAUUGCCACCACGGCAUUGGGGGCACUGUGCCGCCGCUCUCCAAGAGCUGUAUUUUAUAGAGAAAUGAGGUUUCUGUUUGUUGGCUUGUGCUUGAUGGAUGGACUGGUGCGAAACACAAGUCUGAGAACAGGGAUCAACCGGUGAAAAAAACUAAAUGCGUGCAUAGCCUUUGUUGUGUUGAGUGAUUGUGACUGUGAGAUGCUUCCCGCGGGGGUUUUGGGCCGUGGCUGUUCCUACGAAUGAUGCUCCAUGUCUUGGAGACCAGCAUUUAUCAAAGGAACAUCGCCUGUUGUAACUUCCAACUAAUGAGCACUGUCUCGCAACAACUCUUGGACGUCUCUUUUCUAUCAAGUGUGUGCCUUAAUCAUUUCUGAAAACAAAGCAUAAUUUCUAUUUUUAUUGCAUGUUUAUACAAGAUUCACCCGACUCCUUUCUACUCUCAUCCUACUCAUAUCGUGGCAUAAACUGGGCCUUCGAUCUGGCACCAUGUUAACGGCAUAAUAAUAGUGACCGAGCACCGUUGGUCUCUAUGUUAACUAUUGUGACCCUUCAUUGAUCUAUAGUCUACAUCACCAAAGUGCCUUGUCGCAUUGCAGGUAAACUGAAUUUGUUCACCCCACAUUUGGGGCGAAUCUCGGAGUACACUGUUUCUCUGCUCAUGGCCGCAGGUCUCUGUAUAGUAUUUACUCCUCUUGAGCUAUGCAUUAUAUAUACAUUUUUCGUCCUUAUGUUGGCAAGACAAAAGGCUUUGUCUUUUUUUUUAUAACACAGUAUGAGCAUGUUGCUGCAUAGUGUAGGUACCACAUGAUUUUGAUCACGUGUGCAAGUUGCUGCUCCACUAUCACCAACAAUUGUGUUGCCGCAAUUUCUGUUUUACUAUGCUUAGAGUCGGUGACUGCAUAACAAUAGUCUCUUUGAAAGCCUGAAAUAACUCUCAUAGUAUAGCCCUAUAAUUGCAAUCGUGUGUGGAUUUGCGAAGGACAGGUGGUCCUGAAGCGUGAGUUAGACCGAGGUAACUUAUGGUCACAUUGUUUUUUUUUCUUUUUUAAAUCAUAAAUAUCAAUUAUCUGGAAUGCAAUGACUUUAGAGUAUUGUUUCUUUUGUUGGGAUUUACAGUCUGAAAGUCUUGAAUAGGGAAGCACUCAAACACUUGUUUCCUAUUAUUGUGAACAAUAUUAUAACGAAAUUUGGUAAUUAUUCUGAUUAGCUUUUAAUAGCUGAAAGCACUCAUAUGAUUAGGUUCACACCAUUUGCUUUAUUCAACAUAUCAUACCAUAUGUUUGUUUUGUUAUAAUGAACAUAUCAUAGUUGUCCAGAUUUUUUUUCUCUUUUCUUUUUUUGACAACCAGUGUGCUUUAUAAAACAAAAGUUGAACAUUCCUAUUCAGAUGCUACUUGUGAUUGCCAACCAUCACAAAUACCAUAAAAUUUUUUAGAAGCUCCAGAGAUUCCUGAAGCUGACAGAUUGUCAGGGAUUCAUUAUAAUUUCACCACUUUUUGCAAUGUGUUAAUUGUGUUUUUUUGUGAUUGUGGUUUGGCAUACUGUGUAGAACAAAAUUAUUUUUGCUUGUGGAAGUGGUUACCACGUAUUGUGUGGUCUAUACUAUAAGAUACCAGCUCUGGUCUCUUUUUUUAUACCGGUGGUUCAAGUUGCCUAUAGUGUGACUUGAGAAAUGCAAUAUGUAAUGUGCCGUGUGUGUACAUGUGGUUGUGUGAAGUUGAGCAUGCUUUUGUGUCUCAUAGCAUUUCAAAAAUCUUAGUGUGCAAUAUUGGUGUUGGGAUCCUCUUGUCUCUGCGUGUGCAGUUUUUUUCUUUGUUUGCUAGAGAAUUGUACACCUGUUGUUUGUUUUAUGUUGCUUCACUUACCAGAAGGGCGGCAUAGCUGUCUGUAGGAGAGACUAGCUCCUGUUGUUACUGAACGAAUUGAUAACAGUAGCUAGAGUCAUGCGUUGUUUAGGUGUGAAAUUUGAUGCAGAUUUUGGACACCAGAGUGCCUUACUCGAUACUCAGAAUGAAACUCCUUUGAGGUAUAUUUUAUUUUGUUAAAACUGUUGCAACAGUCAGUGCCUUGCCGUUAUCACAUUGUGCCUUAAUGAAGCUACAAGCUAGUUGAAACUAUUGGUGCAUCAGCCUUCAGACAUUUUGAAAAGUGUUUUAAUAUGUCGGUAUUUAAAGGGGGUCAUGGCAGGAUCACUGAACGAUUCGUUGUUCCCAGAGAGAGCUAGCGGUAGAGGGUCUGUUGUGCCAUCAGAUAUCUGAAAAGUGGGCCAUAAGAAACAUUUCGGCGUAUUACAAGUCUUGGAAGUAGCUGGCUAUACACGGCUGCCCACCACUACCGACCAGGAUUUUGCCAUGGCACGUGCGACAUCACAUGCAGCAAAGAGUGGAGCCAUAUAUUCUAAGUUUCAGGCAUUGCAAAUUGUUAAAUUGCCUAGCUGUGCAUAGCUGAGGAAAGCUAAAAUAUCUCCAUUUCAUGCACAGCUGACCACAGAAAAAUAUCGUUCGCUGGAAUGCAGAUGCUUCCACAGCUAGCUGCUUAUUAUGUCACUACUUGAGAGUGCGCUAGUGUUGCCCGACUCUCAGGGUGCUCGCAUGUUUAUUAGAAUAUUCAAUCAUAAAUUAAGCACUUGACCAAACGCGCUGAAAUUUUGCCUGCCUAUUUUUGGUAAUGCAUGAGGAUCAACCCACAUAACACAGAUUGUGAUAGAAAAUUAGGUGUGAUGGCCUCGUUAAGCCCCGAACUGUUAUACUUUCAUCUGUAGUAGAAGAAUGCUGUAAUGGCCGAUUCCAAAAAGAAACACUGCUGAUUGAAGUGUGUGGUAUGCAUCAAAUGCAGGUAUACAGUUCACUCAGUUAAACUUGGCUCCGUACUUGUGGUUGAAAACUGACAUGAUUGUUAGGUACAGGUUAAUACGCUAUACUCGGCAAUAAAAAAUUAUGUAUUACGGAUGCCUACAUCUAGUUCAUGUACAUGACAAGCUGCACUUUGGCAGAACCUUCAUAAUGUUUUGUGCUUUGUAUGAUAAAAAGCAUAAUAGGAUGCAUGCAUAGUGUGCAGUGAAAUUGCAGGGUUUGUGCUUUGAAAACUUGUGGUCAUGAGGUGCACGUAUACAAAUAAAUGCAUUUGUUCAAUCAAAUUACUUUGCACGGGACCGUUCAAAAGGAAACUUUUUUUAAGUGUUGCUUAAAUGGUAACUCGUCCCUUCCCUUACUUACCAGUAAGGAAUUGUAACCGUUUUCUUGGCAUAUAAAGUCUUCAUUUGUACUACGUG